AUGUUUUAUAUUUUACAUUCUUCAGAGUAGCACCAUCUCACCAUGCAAUUUCUCAGUCUGCUUUAUGAGGCAGAGUCACCUGGAAUUCAGGCUUUCAGAUAACAGCUGUGCCUCGUCAAGAGUUAAUUAACUUAAUGUUAGUUUGAGAGCAUCAGUUAAAGUAAAGUAGUGAAGAGGUAGAGUUACAGGUAUACAGUGAAUAGUGAAUAUUUGAGUAAUAAUCUAAUCCAUAUUAUAAGAAGCAAGAACUACUUAACUAAGUAAAAAAGUAUUGUUAAAUGCUGGAAAGAGCAUCAAAAACGUUAUAAUGAAGAAACUGGCACUCAUUAGUACUGUGUCGCAGAGUAAGUGUUACCUCACAGGAUAAGUUAUUCAGAGUUACCAGCCUCAGAAGCCGCCAGUUAACAGCACACCAGCUGAUAUUAGGGGUGAGAUGGUGCGGUCGUGCUGCGUUCAGGGCUGCAGUAAUAAGUCUCAUGACGGGAAGGGCCGCAGGGUGAACCCCGGCUCCCGGUUCUUCUCCUUCCCCGCCUGGAAGCGGAACCAGGGCCCGCUGGUGGAGGAAAUCACCCAGCGGCGGCGGAUGGCCUGGGUCUCCGCGGUCCGCCGCAAGGACAUCACCUUCUCCCAGAUAUCCCCGUUUAUGUACGUCUGCUCCCGGCACUUCCACAAAGGCCAACCAGCGUAUGAGAUGAUGGAGACUGACCCAGACUGGGCACCAUCUCUACUUCUGGGCCACACAGAAACCAAACCAUCAAACCCUGAACGUUCUGACCGAAAACGGAAACGGAAGCAGCCGAUCAAAAACACCUCGAAACCAGAGUCGAGAACCCGUCACCCCGAGCAGCUGCAGCAGGAAACUGGAGACAGAGGCCAGCUGAAUAUAAUUACAGUUAAAACCGAGCCUGAAGAGAGCGUCCAGGAGGAGUGGGAGUUUGAAACUGCGGAGGGUCGCCUGCUGGACAUUACGGUGAUUCAGCGCGAGGCUGACGAAAGUGUCCAGGAGGAUGCUAACGGGUGGACGUACGAGAAUGCUGGAGAAAGUGCCGUUACGAAGACGCUAGAUGCUACGGAAGUUGUUAAAUGUGAGGAUGAGGAGGAAGAAAUCGAUCAGCAUUGCUUAGGCAUUGAGGUGGAUAAACAAGAACCUGAGGAGCGUGUCCAGAUCAACAUGGCCAAUCAUGAGGUGCCACAAACAGCAUGUGACAAGUCUGGUGUCCUUAGGUGUGACGAAAUAAACCAACUAUUGGACAAAAAUAAAGUGCUGUUUGAGCCUGAGGGAUGUAUCCAGGUCAGCACCUCCAUUAAUGAGCUGACACGGUCAGAAUGUAGGAAGUGCGUGCUCAGGUUUGACGAAAUAAAUCGACUUUUGGACGAAAACCGGGCGCUGCGGCGUGAACUCAGCGAGUACAAGAUAUCGGACGGUUUCUUUGGAAACGAUGGCGAUGAUAAAGUACAGUACUACACGGGUUUGCCCAACCUGGCAACCUUCAUGACUUUGUUUAACUUUUUAGUGCCGCUAAUUACGGACAAGAAGGUUCUCACGCCGUUCCAGAAGCUUCUGUUGACCUUCAUGCGCCUCAAGCUGGACCUCCCCAUGCAGCACCUGGCGCAUCUCUUUCGCGUGUCGCACAGGACGGUCUACAGGACGUUCAGCGACAUGGUGACAUUUAUGUGUGCCAACCUGAGACCCUCGAUUGCGUGGCCUGAUAGAGACACUCUACGCAAAACGAUGCCUGGUCCGUUUGUAGAAGUGUUUGGAAACCAAGCGGUCGUAAUCGUUGACUGCUUCGAGAUUUCUUCAGAGAAGCCGUCCGAUCUGAAGGCGCGCAGCGAGAUGUUUUCCAGCGCUAAGAACGCCCACACUAUGAAGUAUCUGAUGGGCAUCACGCCCAACGGAUCUGUGUGCUUCCUCUCUAAAGGAUGGGGCGGCCGUACCAACGACAGUCAUUUAAUAGAGAGCAGUGGUUUGCUGGACUUCUUGAUGCCAGGGGACAUAGUCCUGUCUUCCCGAGGUUUCGGCCUACAGGAGGGUACGGGCAUGAUGUUCGCCGAGGUCAAACCACCGCCCAAUGUGAACGACAGUGGUCAGCUAGCUGUCAGAAGUGUAGAGGAGACCAGAAGAAUAGAACAUCUAAAAAUUCACGUUGAAAAAGUGAUGAAAAACGUCUGUCAGAAGUAUAAAAUCUUAUCCGGACCCAUUUCCUUCAACAUGAUCCUCCCGUGUGCGGGUGAGGAAGACACGUUUCUGGAUAAGGUGGUCACGGUUUGCUGUGCGCUGACGAACCGAUGUCCAACCGUGGCGUAGAAGAAUAGUGUUUGUUUGCUGAUGUAAAUAAUGUACAAACAUAAUAAAAACCUAUAUAUUUACAUUUAA